UAUUUGCUUUUUCAAAAAAUUGGUUGUAUUGGGUACCGUGCUGUGGUGGCCAUGGGUUUCAAAAAAAUUGAUUUGGUCUGAAAAAGUUGGUAGGAUUAAUUUGUGUUGCUUUAUUUGCUUUUUCAAAAAAUUGAUUUUAAGUUUUUGUGUAGUGAUGGAUCGGUGUCCUUGGCUGCUUUAAUCAUUUUGACGAGAAAUUUAGUUUCAUUGAAGAGAAAAUUUAUUAAAUAAUAAAAUUCAAUAACCUUAAAAAUUAGUUCAUAUUCUACCACACAAAUAAAUAUAUACGCCUUUAGAUGUAGAUGCUUUUCACACUGUGCCGGCCCUUCUUCCUCUCCCAUCUCCAGAUAGAUCUCGUCUCUCCAAAACACUACUCACAGUCACAGACAUCACUCAAAUCAUGGAAAAUAACAAACAAAACCAGAACCCUCAUAUUCUCAUAAUUGCUUACCCUCUCCAAGGCCACGUCAUCCCUGUUGUUAAUCUCGCCUUGAAGCUUGCCUCAAAUGGCUUCACUAUCACCUUCGUCAACACUCACUCCAUUCAUCACCAACAAACCAGAGCCCAGCACAACAAAACCGAGGACGACCUAUUUGCCGAAGCACGUAAAUCUGGUCUAGACAUCCGGUACAGAACGGUUAGUGACGGUCUUCCACUAGGGUUCGAUCGAUCCCUCAACCACGACCAGUUCAUGGAGAGUCUUCUGCAUGUAUUCUCUGCACAUGUUGAUGAACUUGUGGGAAAUAUAGUAGAAAUGAAUCCCGAAGUUUCUUGCCUUAUCACGGAUACUUUCUUCGUCUGGUCAUCCAUGAUUGCAAAGAAGUAUAACCUUGUUAAUAUUUCGUUUUGGACUGAAACAGCUCUGGUUUUUACCUUGUAUUAUCACAUGGACCUCCUCCGAAGCCAUGGCCAUUUUGAUUCAGUCGAGAAUCGAGAGGACACAAUUGAUUACAUUCCUGGAGUUGCGGCAAUAGAGCCAAAGGAUUUGAUGUCAUAUCUUCAAGCUGCCGAUACAAGAACGGUGGUACACCAAAUAAUAAGCAAGUCGUUUGAAAACGUAAGAAAAACUGAUUUCAUCAUCUGCAACACAGUGCAAGAGCUCGAGUCAGAAACCAUUUCGGCCUUACAAAAAAAGCAUCCAACUUUCGCUAUCGGACCCAUUUUCCCAACUGGAUUCACCAAAAGUGUAGUGACUACGAGCCUCUGGUCCGAGUACGAGUGCACCCAGUGGCUCAACACAAAGCCUCAUAGCUCAGUUUUGUAUCUAUCAUUUGGUAGCUACGCUCAUGUAAGUAAGGAAGAGAUUGAGGAGAUUGCCCUAGGCCUUUUGCUCAGUGAAGUGAAUUUUAUUUGGGUGCUUCGCCCUGAUAUUGUUAGUUCUGAUGAAACCCAAUUCCUGCCCGUUGAUUUUGAAGAAAAUAUCAAAGGUAAAGGGUUGAUUGUUCCAUGGUGUUGCCAGAUUGAAGUAAUUUCACAUCCAGCAGUUGGAGGGUUUUUAACUCAUUGUGGUUGGAAUUCAAUAUUGGAAAGUAUAUGGUGUAACGUUCCAUUGUUGUGUUUCCCUCUGUUGACAGAUCAAUUCACUAAUAGAAAACUAGUGGUGGAUGAUUGGAAGGUUGGACUCAAUCUUUGUGACAAUAAGCGAAUCUCGAGGGAUGAAGUCUCGGAGAAAAUCCAUCGUCUGAUGAGUGGAAAAUGGAAUGAUGAAUUGAGGAAGAAUGUAAUUGGGGUGAGAGAUACAAUAGAGAAAGCAUUGUCCAAAGAUGGAUCAUCGGAAAAAAACUUCAACCAAUUUACCAACGAUAUGAAGAUCAAAAUUCUUGAGAAACGCGGGUCGUAGUUUGUUUGUUUCAUGGGGAAUAUGCACUUUGCCAUUUUCUUUGUUUUGCAGCUGUAAUAAAGAAAGGGGGAAUCUUUUAAUUGUAUCGCUAUAUUUAGUAGAUGUCCAAAUACACUCAAUAAUAUAUGCUUAUUGAGUGUAUUGACCUAAAGAAAACUGGAGUCUAUCGAUCCACAUUUUUAAUUAAAGUUUUAGCAGAUUCCUCACUAUACAUAAUAUUGAAGGUGAAUUUCUUUGCCAAGUUGGUAGGCAUUUAUAGUGCA